AUGGAAGACAUUCAGAGGCAGUGGAACAGUAAAGAAGGGAUCCUGCUGUGCCUUAUCAUGAUGUUUGUUUGGAAAGCAGUUCCUGCGCAGAUCCACUAUUCCGUUCCUGAAGAGAUGGAGAAAGGCUCUUUUGUGGGAAAUAUUGCAAAGGAUCUGGGAAUGGAUGGAAAGCAUCUUUCAGACCACAGACUCCGGAUUGUCUCCCGUAUAGGUACAAGUCAGUAUUUUACUUUAAAUGUCAUCACUGGCCAUUUACAAACCUCUGAGAGAAUAGACAGAGAGGAAAUUUGUGGAAAGGCAGAGAAGUGCAUGCUAAAUUUCCAGGUUAUUAUUGAAAGUAAAUUAGAGAUCUAUGGAGUUGAAGUGGAAAUUAUUGAUGUAAAUGAUAAUGCUCCACAGUUCCCAUCAGGAAAACAGAAACUGAAAAUUAGUGAGUCAUCUAUGCUAGGGUCCAAGUUUUCUCUUCCUGAAGCUCAAGAUCCAGAUCUGGGCAUAAAUUCUAUACAGAACUACCAUCUCAUGGGCAGCAGCCAUUUUUCCUUAGAUGUGCAAACAAGAGAAACUGGUGCAAGACAUGUCAAACUGGUGUUGGAAAAAGGUCUGGACAGGGAAGAACAACCAGUUCAUGACCUAAUCCUCACAGCUACUGAUGGGGGUGAUCCAAUGAGAUCUGGUACUACUCAGAUCCAAGUUAUAGUUCUGGAUGCAAAUGACAAUGUGCCAGUUUUCAGCCAGCCAGUCUACAGAGUUAAUGUUGAGGAAAACAUUCCUAAAGGGUCCAUUGUAGCUGCUGUAACAGCCACUGAUGUGGAUGAAGGAAUCAAUGCUGAGAUAAAAUACUCAUUCAAAAAAAUCACAGAGAAAGUUUCCAAAAUGUUUCUUUUAAAUUCAACAACCGGUAUUGUAACCCUUGUUGGCAACCUUGAUUAUGAGGAGUCUUCACUAUACGAGUUUGAGGUGAAUGCUGAGGACGGAGGAGGGCUUAAUGACUGGUCACAAGUUGUGGUUGGCAUUAUGGAUCUGAAUGACAAUGCCCCCGAAUUAGCAAUAAACUUUUUCAUCAAUACCAUACCUGAGAACUCCUCAGUGGGUACUGUUGUUGCUCUCUUAAAUGUACAAGAUCAAGAUUCAGGAGUCAAUGGUGAAGUCACAUGCUCAAUUCCAAGCAAACUGCCAUUUCAGUUAAAGAAAUCUGUUGACCACUUUUAUAGUUUAGUGACUUAUGACAACCUUGACAGGGAGAGGAUAGCAAACUAUAAUAUCCUCAUUAUAGCUGCUGAUAAUGGGACACCAUCACUUUCAACGUCUGCCCAUAUCUCGCUGCAGAUUCUAGACAGAAAUGACAACGCUCCUGUAUUUUCAGAACCAUCCUACAUGUCUUAUGUCCUAGAGAAUAAUCCAAGAGGAGCCUCGAUCUUUUCUUUAACAGCAAAUGAUCCAGACUGGGAAGAAAAUUCCAGAAUAACUUACUCAAUCAUUGAAGGACACAAGAAGUCCAUUCUUUCAUCAUAUCUCUCCAUUAAUUCUGAAACUGGGAUUAUUUAUGCCUUGAGCUCCUUUGAUUAUGAAGAGUUCCGAGAGAUUAACUUCCAGGUCAAGGCCCAAGAUGGAGGCUCUCCGCCACUCAGCUCCAAUGUCUCAGUGACUUUCUUCAUUCUGGAUCAGAAUGACAAUGCUCCAGAAAUCCUGUACCCAUCGGUCCCCACUGAUGGCUCCACUGGAGUAGAGCUGGCCCCCCACUCUUCUGAGCCAGGUUACCUGAUCACCAAAGUGGUGGCCGUGGAUGCAGACUCUGGCCAGAAUGCCUGGCUCUCCUAUCAGCUGCUGAAGGCCACAGAGCCAGGGCUCUUCACCAUAGGGCUCCACACUGGUGAGAUCCGGACGGCCCGUCCCUUUCUGGACAAGGAUGCUCUCAAGCAAAGCCUGGUGGUUUUGGUGAAGGACAAUGGGCAGCCCCCUCUCUCUGCCUCAGUCACGGUCACCGUGGUGCUGGCCGACAGCAUCCCUGAGGUACUGACUGACCUGAGCAGCAUCUCCUCCCCUGUAGACCCCCAGUCAGACCUCACCUUCUACCUGGUGGUUGCUGUAGCUUUGAUUUCCUGCUUGUUUUUCACCUUCCUCCUUGUGUUGCUGGCACUCAGGUUGUACAGAUGGAGAAAUUCCCAGUUUUGUGAUUCUGGAAGUGUGAAUUUUAGUGGAGUCCCAGUUUCACAGUUUGUGGGGAUCGAUGGAGUCCGAGCAUUUCUUCGCUCCUAUUGCCAUGAAGUUUCUUUAACUUCUGGCUCUCGGAAAAGCCAAAUUCUUUUUCCAAUUGGAAGCUGCACAAAUACUCUGACACCGCAACAGGCUUGUUCUCAACCAGAUCCUUUGUUAACAGCAGGUGACUCAGCCAUAAUUGUUGAAGAAGCAGUAAACAGUCAGGUAAGCAUGUAA